AUGCCGAUGGAAGCGGUCAUGAUCCUCGUGGACAACAGCGAGAGCAGUCGGAACGGCGACUACCACCCGACGCGGUUCGAGGCGCAGUCCGAUGCGGUCGGCGUCGUGUUCCGGCACAUUACAAACGGCAACCCCGAGUCCGAGGUGGGCCUGAUGAGCAUGGCCGGCAAAGGCCCCGAGGUGCUCGUGACGAUGACGACCGAGCAGGGCAAGAUCCUUGAGGGCCUGCACCGGACGAAGAAGAAGAUCCAGGGCGAGGCACAUCUGAUGACGGCGCUGCAAGUUGCACUGCUCGCUCUCCGCCAUCGCAAGAACAAGACGCAGCGCACGCGCAUCGUGGCCUUUGUGUGCUCGUCGGUGCCCGAGGACGACAAGUCGCUGCUGACGCUGGCCGGCAAGCUCAAGAAGAACAACGUGUCAGUGGACUUUGUUGUGUUUGGCGACCUUGACGACGAGACGCAGCACAAGCUUUCCAAGUUCAACGAGAAGGUCAAGGGCAGCGAGGGCAGCCACAUGGUCGUGAUCCCGCCGAGCGGCAACCUGCUGAGCGACCAGCUCAAGCAGACGCCACUGCUGGCGCGCGAGGGUGCCGGUGACGGCGGCGCGGGCGGCGGCUUUGGUGGCGAUGCGGGCGGCGGCGCAGCAGGCGGCGGCGGUGGCGAGUUUGACGAGUUCGGCUUCGACCCUUCGACGGAUCCUGAGCUGGCGUUGGCGCUGCGCAUGAGUAUGGAGGAGGAGAACGCGCGGCAACAGAAACGGCAGCGCGAAGAGGCCGAGGCGGCGGCCAAGACGGCGUCGCUGGAGUCGGUCAAGGAGGAAGACGAGUCUGCAGAACCGCUGCUGAACAAGACGGGCGGACCGAGUGGCAAGGGCGGCGAUGACACCGAGGACGACGAGCCUACGAAGAAGGGGAGCAAAGACGACUCGAUGGACACGUCAUAG